AUGGCUAAGCUUAUUCACGUUUUCGCAACUCUUGCUCUCUUCAUCCUCUUAGCCCACACAUCCAUUUACCGUGCAGUUGUGGAGAACGACGAAGAAGAUGAUGUUAGUAACCCACAACAAGCUCUUAAAAUGUGUUGCAAUGAGCUAAGACAAGUGGACAAGAUGUGCGUGUGUCCUACACUGAAAAGGCAGCUCAACAAGUUAGAUUCCAAGAUACGCAUGGACCACAACAGGUGAAACCUGUGUUUCAGACUGCUCACGCCACAAAUAAAGAGUGUUCUUGGGUACUCAAAAUCUUUAUCACUCUCUUAAAGUCUCAUGUUUGUGCUCCAAGAAGUUUUAGAGAAUUGUAUUGUAAGCAAACAUAUGUAUACUUGGAUUAGGACAAGAUCCACAUGACUUGUACGUGAAAACAGAGGAAGUGACUUGCUAGCCAAGUUUUCAUUUUAAUUAAAUCUUAUCUUAAUUAUGGUCAAAA